AUGGGGGAUGAUUUGGUUCUGCUGGAUUACUGGCCAAGCCCGUUUGGGAUGAGGGUCCGAAUUGCACUUGCUGAAAAGGGUAUAAAGUACGAGUACAAAGAAGAGGACUUGACCAACAACAGGAGCUCUCUCCUCCUUCAAAUGAACCCAGUUUACCAGCGAGUCCCUGUUCUCAUCCGCAAUGCCAAACCAGUUUGUGAAUACAUUGCUGUUCAAUACAUUGAUCAAUGGUGGAUGUGGCACUUGUUCCUUGCUACAGUUGGUUUCAAGCUUGUGAGACGUUUGGCAGCCUCAAUAUAUAGGACUUUGGAUCUUGAUUCUUGA